UUCCCCUCCCCACCUAGCCGCUCCAAGGAGAGAUGGUCAAGUCACAGAGCAGAUCCCGGGCAUCGUCCCGCCAGGGAGCUGUAACCUUCAAGGAUGUGGCUGUGGUCUUCACCUGGGAGGAGUGGGGGCACCUGCAUCCUGAGCAGCGAGACCUGUACAGGGAGGUGAUGCUAGAGACCUAUGAGAUCCUCGUGUCCCUGGGACUUUCGGGUUGCAAACCCACGGUGAUCUCUCGGCUGGAGAGGGGAGAAGCACCUUGGAGGCCAGAAAGGGGAGGCCACCAAAGCCACUGUCUGGAUUCCUAUAAAGAGAAGGAGAGGUGUCCACCUGAAGAGCUGACUACAGAAGAGAGCAUUUCUGUAAGAGAAUUAUCCACACAAAAUCUUGCAAAGGAUGGCACUUGGGAAUCCAGAUUUGGGGAAGCCUGGAAAUAUCCUUUUAUGCUAGAAGCACAGAAUGGGAACAAGAAGAGACAAUCCCAGAAACUAGCCAUCACCACUGGAAAAACUGGUCAUGUUUUCAAUGAAUAUACUACAUUGGAGCAAAGCUUCAGUGGGGAAACACACUUUAAUUCAUUGCCAGUGAUUUGUGCAGGAAGAAGUUUCAAGAAAUGUGCUACAUAUGGGAAGAGUUUUAAACCAUUUUCUGAUUUAAUUCAGUUGAAUAGAAUCUCCUCAGGGAAGAAGGUUUAUAAGUACAGUGAUUCCUCCAGUUGUUGGCCAACUCUUAUUCAACAUCAAAGAAAGCACACAAGUACAAAGUUAUUUGAGUGUAAUGACUGUGGGAAAGUCCUUGGGAACAGCUCAUCCCUAAGGAAACAUCAGCUAAUCCAUACUGGAAAUAAACCCUUUGAGUGCAAUGACUGCGGGAGAGCAUUCACUCAGAAGGGAAACCUCACUAAACAUCAACGAAUUCAUACAGGAGAGAAGCCCUUUGAAUGUGAUGAAUGUGGGAAAGCUUUCAUCCAGAGGGGAAGCCUUAUUGAACAUAAGAGAAUUCACACUGGUGAGAAGCCCUUUACAUGUAGUGAAUGUGGGAAAAGCUUCAACCGGAAGACAAACCUUAUGGGACAUAUGAGAAUUCAUACGGGAGAAAAGCCAUACGGAUGUAAUGAUUGUGGGAAAACCUUUAGCAAUCGUUCAGCCCUCAGGACACAUCAGAAAAGUCAUACUUCAAAGAAAACCUUUGAAUGCAGUGAAUGUGGGAUGUUCUUUAACCAAAGAGGGAACUUUACCAUGCAUCAGAGGAUUCAUUCUAAAGAGAAAUUCUUUGAAUGUGGUGAAUGUAAGAAAACCUUCAGUCAGAGGGAGAGACUUAUUGAGCACAAAAGAAUUCAUACUGGAGAGAAAUUGUACAAAUGUAAUGAUUGUGGGAAAGUCUUCAGCAAAUGCAUGUCCCUCAAGAGGCACCAACUAAUUCAUACUGGAAAGAAACCGUUUGAGUGCAGUGAAUGUGGAAUAGCUUUCAAUCAGCGGGGCAACCUCAUCAAACAUCAGAGAACCCAUACUGGAGAAAAAGCUUUUGAUUGUAAUGAAUGUGGGAAAGCCUUUAGCCAAAGGGUGACCCUUAUUGAACACAUGAGAAUUCAUACUGGAGAAAAACCUUUCACUUGUAAUGAAUGUGGGAAAAGCUUCAACUGGAGAACAGUUCUCACUGAACAUAAGAAGAUUCACACUGGAGAGAAACCUUAUGAAUGUAAUGAAUGUGGGAAAACCUUCAAGAGUACCUCAACCCUUAGGUCCCAUCAAUUAAUUCACACUGGAGAGAAACCUUUCGGGUGUUGUAUAUGUGGAAAAGCCUUUAGCCAGAAAGGAAAUCUUACUGUACACCAGAGAAUUCAUACUGGUGAAAAGCCCUUUGAAUGUAGUGAAUGUGGAAAAGGCUUUGACCGAGGGGCAGCCCUUAUUGAGCACAAGAGAAGUCAUACUGGAGAGAAGCCAUACGGCUGUGAUGAUUGUGGGAAAGCUUUUGCCACAGGCUCAUCUCUCAGGUCACACCAGGUAAUUCAUGCUGGAAAGAAGCUCUUUCAUUGCCCUGAAUGUGGACUGACAUUUAGUCACUGUGAAAAUCUUGACACACAUCAGAGAAUUCAUGCCAGAGAGAAACCCUCUGAAUGCAAUGAAUGUGGGAAAUCAUACAAGAAGGAAUCCUUACAGAACACCAGAAAAUUUACACUGGAGAAAAACAAUGUAAAUGAAGCAGUUGUGGAAAAGCUUUUAUCACAAACUCCUAACAUAGGAGCCAUCAACCAAUUCAUAUUGGAAGAAACCCCUUCGGUGGAAUAACUGUGGAAGAGCUUUCAGUAGCAGCUCAUCCCUCAUGAGGCAUCUUAAGAUUCACUUGGGAAAUCAGCCUUUUGAGUGAAAAUCCCAUGGGAAAGUCUUUGACCUGAGAAUAAUUCUUAUUGCACAUCACCAGCUGCAUCAUGGAGUGAAAUCCUUUUGGUUGCAAUGGAUAUGGAGAGGCUUUACCAACAACCUCUCUGUAUCAGAGAAUUCAGAAUGAAAAGAAAUUCUGUGAUUGUGAGUGAUUAAGGGAAAGAUUUUCUUUCUGUAUCAGAGGGAAGUAGAGAAUGCCAAAGACAGAGAAAAAGGAUCUAUAAGUCAUUCAUCAUGGCUGAAUCUCAGGUCAUGAUCUGGAUGAAGCAGCUGGUAUUAUAGCUUGUGACCCAUGAUUUUUCAUAACUGAACAGUUAUGGAAAACUUCACAUAAUCAGGGUUAUCCUGAUUAUGUUGUCUUAAAUUAAUGAACAAGUUUAUUUAAUAGUGAACUCAGCUCCUUUGGCUGUAAACAUACUUAGUACCAUUGCCAAUGGAUUCCAUCAUACUUAAAAGUUUAAAAUAGUUUCUGUAGUAGAAGCAAAUUCCAGAACUUGAAGGAAAGCCUUACUCGACCCAAGUAGCCCUUCCUUGGAUUCCUCCCUAUUCUAAUCCAGUUUUCCUCUACCCUCCCUAUUAAAUCCUCCUACCUUUUUAUCCUCUCCAGUGAUAAAAGUUAUGGUACCACAAGAAUGAAACACAUGUAGGAGCCCUUGUAUUGCAACUGGUCAAUCCCACGACAGAGACUCAUUUGGCUUGGGAGUUAGGCAGAGAGGACCAGAGUUAAGGAGUGUCUGCAGAACUCGGUUGAUCCCUUCCACAUCAGCUUAUGUUCAUGACUUCUGGGCCUGACUAUGCCAGUUGAUCCAGAGAUAUAAUAAGAACCAAGGUAGCAGCAGGACUGUUCUCCAAAGAAAGCUGAAAGCAUCAGACCAAUGUUUAAUAAACAUAUGAUGAAUUAAA